CGCGCACUGCCGGGUUUGGGCCGAGCCGCUCGCCGUAGCCGGCCGCCGCCUCCCGCGCAUGCGGGAUAGCGGAGCCGCAGAGAGUGCCCGGCCGGCGGGGCGGAAGGACGUUGGUGGGCGCGCGCUGAGGUGAGGCCGCGCUCGCACUCCCUCUUCAUGCCGCCGGGCCCCUUGUCCCCAUUGUCCCGCCACAGCCCAGCGGCCGCUGCCGCCCUCCGGGCGGCCGCCGCCCGCCCCGCAGCCCGUGACCUCUGCGCGUCCCUGAGGGUGCGGGGAUGGGCCCUGCGGCCUCUUUCUCCGAAAAUAAAUCACCAUGUCGUCUGCACUGUUACCUAAGCCACAAAUGCGGCGCCUUCUGGCCAGGCGGAUGAAGUUUCACCUAUUUGGGGCAUUUUUUGUAUCUUUGGGAUGUGCGGCUUUAUACAAGUUUGGAGUUGCUGAGCCCAGAAAACGAGCUUAUGCAGAGUUCUACAAAAACUAUGAUCCCAUGAAGGACUUUGAAGCCAUGAGAAGAGCCGGUGUGUUUGAGUCUGCACCGCCCGAAUGAUGGCAUCCUGCAUUUACAGAUCCCCGUCAGUCUAAGGAGCUGUGAUGACCGAACCUUAUUUGUUCACUGAAUUGUAAAGUGUAAUGCACUUUAGUGCAUGGCACGCUCUAAUGUAACUCAAAUAAAAUACAUCACAGUGGCA